AUGCAUGUGUGUCUCGGGUUAACCGGCGAGAAGCUAGUAGAAAGGAUUGUGGAUUUCGUGGACGUCGCAUAUGACGAAGUCAGUCCAAAACAUUACAAAGAGGAAGAGGAUCUGAAGUUUUUCCAGUCGAAGAAGACCAUGAGGGGUCCUCUGCCGGAAAAUUGGAAAAAUACAACUUCACCGAUUAUGUGCUCGUACAAAGUGGUCGAGGCGUCGUUCGAGGUGUGGGGCAUUCAGUCCAAGGCUGAAGAAUAUAUUCAAAAAACAAUUCGUGAGAUCUUGUUGCUCGGUCACCGCCAGGCCUUCGCGUGGAUCGACGAUUGGAUAUCGAUGACGAUCGCAGACGUGCGCACUUACGAGUGUGAAAUGCAACGUAAGACCAACACCAAAGUGAACGCGUGUGUGUCGGACACCGAGGCCAGCGAAAAACCAGCGGAAUUUGAUGGCGAAGGUGGCGGCGGGGGACUUAAGUCUCCUAAAUCUUUUUUACCAUUGACCAAUUUGUUCUCUCCUUCGUCUUCGUCGUCGUCGUCUGGUCAAAACAAUACCUCAUGGUUUUCCUGGUGA